CGCUACAUUAUUGGAAUUUCUUUCAACUAAAAUUUAACAUAUAAUUACUCAAUGAAAAUAUUAGUUAAUUAUAUUAUAUUUAAUGUAAAUUAUUCAAUAAUUUUUUAAAGCAAUAUCUACGUUACUGAGAAAGUCGGUGAGAGUCGGCUAAUUUCGUGAAGAUGUAUCUCUAAAGGAUGCAGAAAGCAUAUUUCCUCAUUCGCUAUUAACAUUCUCAUUGUAGAAUUACUAUGAACUAUCCAAUUUAUAAAAAUAGAAGUAAUUAGAAGUUUGUUGAUUUGUCACGAAAUUUGAUUAUUUAUUUAUAGUGUCAUGAUGGCGCGAGUGCUUCUGACAAACGUCAUUACUAUAGAAAAUUUUGGCUAAGUGUUUAUUCAUUUUAGUGUAACGACCUGAGUGAGGUCUUUCGCCAACAUUUGCUCUGUGCUUUUGUUCGUGGACCAAAUUAGUGAUCACCAGUGAUUCAUAUUCAAGUUUUUGUUUUGUAAAAAAAGCUUUUUUAUUUAAGUCGAUCCAUUACAUUUCACCAGUUAGUUUUCUUAUAAAUUUGGAGCAACAUGAAGAGAUCUAAACCAAGUUUUUUUACUGAUAUUUACAAUCAACCGUAUGAUUAUAAUACUAGGGUUAAGCUUUACAGCAGCAGUAAAGCAAGUUUACAAUUGAUUCAACGAAUGUCACUGGUGAAACGUCUUAAAUUACAUAGAGGCUGUGUCAAUUCAAUAUGUUGGAAUAGUACUGGAAGAUUAAUUCUCUCAGGAAGUGAUGAUCAACAUCUAGUCCUUACCGAUAUCUAUAAUCAUAAAGUAUUAAACCAUUAUAAAACUAGCCAUAGAGCAAAUAUAUUUAGUGCCAAAUUUUUACCCUGUAAUGGUGACCAUCGUAUUGUGUCUUGCAGUGGUGAUGGAAUGAUUCUUUAUACAGACUUUAUGCGAGCAUCAGAAACCUUUCAUAAUCAUUUUACAUGUCAUAAUGGUACUACUUAUGAAAUAGCUACUGUUCCUGGAGAACCGCAUACUUUUCUCAGUUGUGGAGAAGAUUGUACAGUUCGAUAUUUUGAUCUUCGUGUUAAAUCUUCAUGUAACGUAUCAAGAUGUAAAGAGGAUAUAUUGAUUUUACGUCAACGGCCAGUUACAGCAAUGUCGAUCAAUCCUUCUAUGCCUCAUUAUUUAGCCAUAGGCUGUUCUGAUAGUUCUGUAGGAAUUUACGAUCGGCGGAUGUUGAGUAUUGGAGCAAAAAAUUGGUCAGAUGAAAAUAGUAUUCCUCCAGUGUCCAUGUUUACAGUGCCAGAGUUUGAAGGACAUCCUUAUCGAAUAACAUCUCUUUGUUAUAGUCCAGAUGGGAAUGAUGUUCUUGUCAGCUAUAGUAGUGAUCAUAUUUAUUUAUUUAGUGCCAAGAAUCAAGGUAGUGUAUGUUUAAAAAAAAAUUCGCCUCUGGAAAAAAAUAAAAAUAAAAGACAGCCAGCAAGAUCUUUACAACCAGUCCGUAGAUUAAGAUUACGUGGAGAUUGGUCAGACACUGGUCCAGAUGCACGACCAGAGCGAGAAGGUGGUCGUCGUAAUGGUGCAGAAAUAGCUCAAGCUCGGCCUAUGUUACAUACAUCAUUAAUGCAAAGAAUGACUGACGUAUUAAGCAGAAUGUUAAACGAUCCUGCUACAAGGGCAGCUCUAAGUGGUGGUGGAGAAGACAGCUUUCAAGGAGUUAUCGAUCGACAUACAAGCGGUCAACACGGAGAAGGUACUAGUGAAAAUUCUGGGGAAGAAAAUAAUGACCUACAAACUAUGGACACGGAAGCAAAUUUUCGAGGAGCAGAUGGUCAAGAAAAUGAGAGUCUAGAAGCUUCUAGGGAUAAUAAUUUAACAGAAAAUCCAGAAUCUUCUGGUGAACAAGAAGAUGUACCAAAUUCUGUUACAAAUAAUUCAUUAUCAGAAUUGGUCGAUGAAGAAAUUGAAGAUAAUUCUGAUAGAAAUAAUGAAUCAAAUCAAUCUGAAAGAUUAGUUCAGUCGAGUCAAUCAAAUUUAUCAUCGAAUAACAAAGAAAAUAGGAAUGAAGUAACAGAUGAUAUUGACAAUCAUGAUAAUCUUCAAGGUAAUAGCUCUGAUAAUGUUGAAGGCACAAGGGAUGAAACCAUGAUGGAAAAUCUUCAAGACAGAUUGACAUCGAUGAGAGAUGGUUUUCUUGAAAAUGACGAAUGUAAUUUUAGACAUGGGCGCGAACCUGCAGUGAAUCUAACAUAUUCUGACAAAAGUUCUACCGGAGCAACCAUUUCCAUGGGCGUAGCAAAUGAAGUCAUAAGAAAUAGUUAUCAUCCUGGACCAUCAAGUAGUCGAAAUAUUGAUUCUAAAACAGUUACCAAAUCAUCGAAUCCACCUGAUAGUGAAAAUAGUAAAUCAUAUAAGGAACUCUUUGACCAAAUAAAUGACGAUGUUUAUACUGACAGUGAAGAUGAAGCGGAAGAACCCAGCAAUCGUGUAGUAAAUCCAAUAGAAACAGAAAUGGAUGAAGCAGUAGCAAAUAUACGGGCUGCCUUUGGUUGCAAUGAAUCUAUCAAUGUCAAUACCUCAACAGAAUUUCAUGUAAGACAAAAAUAUAUGGGCCAUCGCAAUGCUAGGACUAUGAUCAAAGAAGCAAAUUUUUGGGGCAACGAUUUCGUCAUGUCAGGCAGCGACUGCGGUCACGUUUUUAUAUGGGAACGAGAAACUGCGAAACUCUGUAUGUUACUUGAGGCUGAUCAACAUGUAGUCAAUUGUCUACAACCUCAUCCUUAUUUACCUAUGCUGGCAACAUCUGGUAUUGAUUAUGAUGUAAAGCUAUGGGCACCAAUAAAUGCAGAAGCCAAUUUUAACGUUAAUUUCGCGGAAGAUCUCCAAAAACGUAAUGCAGUCAUGCUUGAAGAGACCAAAGACACAAUCACGGUUCCAGCAGUAUUUAUGAUCCGGAUGCUUGCUUGUCUCAAUCAAAUACGCAGAGGACGUGGACGUAAUCGACGCAGAAGUAGCGAUGAAGCUGAUGAAUUACGAGGAAGCUAAAAUAUUUUCAUCUUACAUUCAUCAAGUUAAAGACAUGGAUGUGCCUUAAAUGAUGAAGAAUCUCAAAUAUUUUGCCGACAAUAAAAAAGAAUUUAAUUUUACAAUUAUUUAGAUACUUAAAUGUUGGAUAUUCAAUUAUUAUCCAUAUAAAUUACAUUAAUUACAACUGAUGAAAUAAUUUUUGUAUUACAUCACAGUUGCUUUUGUGUGCAAUAUAUCAAAUAAUGUAGAAAUAAUUAUAAAAUUAUGGAAUAUUGAGAAGUUGCCGUUUUCAAAUGUAAAAAAGAUGUGCAAUAUUUUCAUUUAACUAUAUUGGUCGUAAAUUUAUUAUAAUGUAUGACGGUAAAUGUAUGAAAUUCU